AUGUACGGAAUACCGGUAAAACCAGCGAAAAUUCCGAUCAGCUCUCCUUCCUCAAAGGCUUCUGGAACCGGGGUCUUCUCGACGAACUCAAUCAAGGCGAUUUGGAAAAGCUCCUUCGGGGUCUUCGACAACGCCCGCAGCGGCUGGUCAUUUGUCAUACCCCGGGGCCCGCUCGGCACUGACGAAACUUCCAUCGAAAUGCAAUCACGGCCUGCGAAAUAUAAGAGGUUCGCCAGUAUCUCAUAG